CUUGUUUACAGCAGAGAUUCCACGGAGGAGAGUGGAAUCACGCACACACACACACACACGCACACUUGCACUCAGGCGGCUUGGAGGGAGCGAACGAACCGUGGGAUUUUAGCAGCUGUAUGUUCACGCAAGGUGGACGUGUUUUCCUCCAACACACCCGGAUAAAGGAAGGGUGAACAACAUCUUGUGUCCACGCUUUUGCGGAGCUCAAUUUUGUAGCGUGGCACAUUUCCCCCCCUUCUCGGCACCACGAAGUUCGACUGGAGGUGACGUGGGUUUUUGCUGUGAAUCUCCGCAUCGGAACCUUCCACAGCCCCACGGCAAACAGCACCGCCAAUACUCGUUUGAGAGGCGACUUCAUGGCAUAAAACAACAGGCGUGUUUUUCAUUCAUUUCUUCUGUUUUUGCCCCCACUCAGCCACCACCCUUCUGCUGUGGAUGUGGACGUGUGUGUUUUCUGCCCUCCUCCUCUCCACUUCCACGCAGCACACUGGCCUUAAUGCACGAGGAUGAUGAGGAUGAUGACAAUAACGUUUAAUUUGUGAUAUACAUAUUUCAUGUAGGAUUAUCGUCCCUUCAUCUCAGGCCUGUUGUUGUUUUUGGAAGAAGACAUGGAGACUGAAGACGGGGAUUACCAUCAUCAUGCAUUCACUGGACAAUCUUUCAUAGCAGUCAAUGGACUUUGCAGCAAAUAAUACUGUUGGGCUGACACUCCAUUCACAUUUGUCCACAUUUAAAACCCUGGUGGACAAACAAGCAAUCCAGCAUUGAUACAAGCCUUUGGGACAACAUCAUUUGUUUUAUAUUUAAUUUUUGGAAUUUUCUUUAUUUUAACCCCAGCUUGGAUUUUAUUUAUUAUAUUAUUUUAUUCUUUAACAUUUUUUUAAACAAUAAUGUUGAGGAACAUGAAAGCUGACAAAUUAAUGGGCAUCUCGACCUUUUUUUGGGGUGUGUUGAUGACCCUUUCCACCAUGUGCAUAUGGACCUCAUACGGAAAGAUCUGCGGUCCCAGUAUUGAUAUCCGAAACGACAUCAGCGAGUUCAAGCUUCUGGAGAACUGCACUGUCGUGGAGGGCUACCUGCAGAUCCUCCUUAUCAAGACCAACAACAGCAAGACCAAGAACCAGGAGGUGUUCCGCUCCCUCAGCUUCCCCAAGCUGACUGUCAUUACGGACUACCUGCUGCUGUUCCGUGUUCCCGGCUUGGACAGCCUGAGCACGCUCUUCCCCAAUCUCAGCGUCAUCCGCGGGCGAAAUCUCUUCUACAACUACGCCCUGGUGGUCUACGAGAUGACCAGCCUGAAGGAUAUCGGCUUGUAUAACCUGAGGAACAUCACUCGUGGGGCGAUCCGGAUCGAGAAGAACCCUGAGCUCUGCUACUUGGACUCUGUGGACUGGUCUCUUAUUAUGGAUGCUGAGUUUAACAACAUUGUGAGUGGGAAUAAGAAGGCCAAGGAGUGUGACAAUGUCUGUCCUGGCAUCAUGGAGGAUAACCCGCUCUGUCAACAGACCACAUUCAAUAACAAACAGGAGUACCGCUGCUGGACCUCCAACCGAUGUCAGAAAGUCUGUCCCGACCACUGCAAGCACGCCUGCACAGACAAGGGCGAGUGUUGCCACGGCCAGUGCCUGGGCACCUGUACUCAACCUAACAGCGACACGGCAUGCUCCGCCUGCCUCCACUAUUACAACGAGGGCCGCUGCGUGCCGGAAUGUCCCCCAGGCACAUUCAUGUUUGAGGGCUGGCGCUGCAUCACCAUGGACCUGUGCUCCCAAGUGCACCUGCCCAGCGACAUUCACUUUGUCAUCCAUGAGGGCGAAUGUAUGCCUGACUGCCCCUCUGGCUUUGCACGCAAUGAGACAAAUCGGAUGUUGUGUAGCGCCUGUAAUGGCUUGUGCGAUAAGAUCUGCUCAACCUCCGUCAUCGACUCAGUGAACGCCGCUCAGUCCCUGAAAGACUGCACCGUCAUUGCGGGCAAUCUAGACAUCAACAUCCGCCACGGAAAUAACAUAGCGUCUGAGCUGGAGAGCUUCAUGGGCCUGAUCCAGACAGUGACGGGCUAUGUGAGGAUUCGUCACUCCCACACACUUGGAUCGUUGUCCUUCCUCAAGAGUCUACGUUACAUCAACGGGGAGGAGCUCAUGGACAAAAUGUAUUCAUUCUCGGCCAUCAAUAACCAGCACCUGCAUGAUCUUUGGGACUGGAGUCAACAUAAUCUGACCAUCCGAGCCGGACGUCUUUUUUUCCGCCUGAAUCCCAAACUCUGCAUGUCAGAAAUCCAUAAGAUGCGGGAAAAAACGGGCAUCACUGUGAAGCCGGAAGAGGGAGAUUUCCGUAACAAUGGUGAAAGGGCCAGCUGUGAAAGCCAUAUCUUGAAGAUUUUGUCCAACACCACGUCGAGCUACAUGAUCCGUCUAACAUGGGAGCGCUACCAGCCACGGGAUUACAAAGGCCUUAUCAGCUUCAUGGUCUACUACAAGGAGGCGCCUUUUCAGAACAUCACCGAGUUCGACGGUCAAGAUGGCUGCGGCUCAAACAGCUGGCACAUGGUUGAUGUGGAUCUUCCUCGGGAUAAUAAUACUGACCCCAAAGUCAGUAUUCAUAACCUCAAACCCUGGACCCAGUAUGCCAUUUUUGUCAAAGCCAUUACGCUGCGGGUGGAGGACAAACACAUUCCUGGAGCUAAAAGUGAUAUCAUCUACAUUCGCACCCGACCAUCGUUGCCGACUGUGCCCAAAGAACCCCGUGCCUUCGCCAACUCCUCCACCAAGUUGCUGGUAAAGUGGUCACCACCGGUCUUCCCCAACGGUAACCUGACCUACUACCUGGUUCGCUGGCAGCAGCAACCUGAAGACCAGGAGCUGUACCUGCAUAACUACUGCUCCAAAGAACUGAAGAUUCCAAUUCGGAUCCCAGCAACAGGAUUCACAGAGAUGGAGGAGAUUACUAAGCCUACCAAGUCAGACCUGUCUGGUCCAAACAAGGGUCCAUGCUGCGUUUGUCCCAAGACGGCUGAGGAGAAAGAUCGAGAAAAGGAUAACCGAGUCUUUUUGAAACUCUUUGAGAACUUCCUUCACAAUGCCAUCUUUUUGCAGAGACCGCAAGACCGUCGCCGUAGAGAUGUCUUCGGCUUGGCUAACAGCACCCUGUUGCAUGAGGGAACCGGGAGGGGCAACAGCACAUUUGGCCCAAGUGAUAACAGGACAGACGGAAUUCCUCCUGUUAUCGAAUACCCCUUUUCAGAAGACAAAAGCACAGCGGAAAGUUUAGAGAUCCCAAACUUGAGGCCCUUCACUGUCUACCAUAUCGACAUCCACGCCUGUAAUGAGGAAGUGGGCCACUGCAGUGUCGGUGCCUUCGUCUUUGCCAGGACCAAACCUGCAGAUAAAGCAGAUGACAUUCCUGGAAAAGUGACCUAUGAAAGGAACGACAAGAUGCAAGGUUGUGUGGUUCUUCAUUGGCCUGAACCCAUCAUGCCAAACGGGCUCAUCCUCAUGUAUGAGAUCAAGUUCCGUUUGGGGGCUGAGCCUGAGAAACACGAAUGUGUGUCACGUGAGCAGUACCAGAAGUACAGAGGAGCUCGACUCACCAACCUUGGCUCGGGGAACUACUCUGCCUGUGUUCGUGCCACUUCUCUUGCAGGGAACGGCUCCUGGACGGAGAGCAUGUCCUUCUACGUCCCUCUGCUAAAACGAGACAGUGGUAUUGCUCUCUAUUUGAUCGUCAUCAUUCCCAUCAUUGUGAUACUCUUCAUCGCUGGCCUCACCACCAUCCUCUUCUUUGUUAACAAAAAGAGGAAUAGCGACCGCUUAGGGAAUGGCUUCCUUUACGCUUCAGUCAAUCCAGAGUACUUCAGUGCUGCUGAGAUGUACGUCCCGGACGAGUGGGAGGUGGCGAGGGAGAAGAUCACCAUGCACAGGGAGCUGGGCCAGGGAUCUUUCGGCAUGGUGUACGAGGGCCUCGCCAAAGGAGUGGUGAAGGACGAAGUCGAGACGCGAGUGGCCAUCAAGACAGUCAACGAGUCGGCCAGCAUGAGGGAGCGCAUCGAGUUUUUGAACGAGGCGUCCGUCAUGAAGGAGUUCAACUGUCACCACGUGGUGAGGCUGCUGGGCGUGGUCUCCCAAGGACAGCCCACUCUGGUGAUUAUGGAACUGAUGACCCGUGGAGAUCUCAAGAGCCACCUGCGUUCUCUACGCAAAGAAAACUCCACCGUCCAGGUCCUGCCCCCUAUCAAAAAGAUGAUCCAGAUGGCGGGUGAGAUUGCCGAUGGAAUGGCGUACCUAAAUGCCAACAAAUUUGUCCACAGAGACCUGGCUGCCAGAAACUGUAUGGUGGCGGAAGACUUCACCGUAAAGAUUGGAGAUUUUGGUAUGACCAGAGAUAUUUACGAGACUGAUUACUACCGAAAAGGAGGAAAAGGCCUGCUGCCUGUUCGCUGGAUGUCUCCAGAGUCUCUGAAAGAUGGCGUGUUUACGACGAUGUCCGAUGUCUGGUCCUUUGGCGUUGUGCUGUGGGAGAUCUCUACCUUGGCGGAACAGCCUUAUCAGGGCAUGUCCAAUGAGCAAGUGCUGCGCUUCGUCAUGGAAGGAGGACUCCUGGACAAACCUGACAACUGUCCCGACAUGCUGUUCGAGCUGAUGCGGAUGUGCUGGCAGUAUAACCCCAAGAUGCGUCCAUCCUUCCUGGAGAUCAUUGGCAGCAUCAAAGAGCAGCUGGACCCCCCCUUCAGGGAAAUGAGCUUCUUCUACAGCGAGGAGAACAAGCCUCCAGACACAGAGGAGCUGGACAUGGAGGUAGAAAACAUGGAGAACAUUCCACUGGACCCUGCAGCCACCAUGCAGCCCUCUGCCUCUGCCGCCCCCCCCUCAGCGGGGUGUCCCACCGGGACACCGCCACCCUCCACCCAGCAUUUACCCAUGCAGCACCCAAGUACUCCUCUGGUUGGACCUUCCCCCUCCUCUCUUGCGUCUGCCGGCCAGAGUUUGGACAAGCACACGGGACAUGCGACGCCCAACGGGCCCGCGAUGCUGUUGAGGCCCAACUUUGACGAGCUGCAGCCGUACGCUCACAUGAACGGAGGCAGGAAGAACGAGCGGGCAUUACCGCUGCCUCAGUCGUCGGCAUGCUAAUCCCCCCCCCCCCCCCCCCCCUCCCUCCUCUUCUUCCUACACAGGGUAACCCAAAUCUGUCCUCCUCCUCCUGGGGGAUGGAUGAGGUAAGACUUUGUCCUACUGAGGGCCAGUAGAGGGUCUCCGCUCAAGACAGAGAACUCUUGGAGACCGGACCUUGUCUUUCAUAUGUGGAUCCUUCCGAAGGAGGACAUCAAUGCAGACAAGACUUCUAAAUCCCCUUUUUGAAAGCAUAUCUGCCAGCAAAUCCAACAGAAGAGCACUUUUUUUCCUGAGAGAGGAUGCUGAGGAGUGUGUAUUUAUACAAACAUGUCAUUCUCUCUAUGAUGCUACAAAAAAAGACUUUCCAUCAAAGGACUCGCUCACUGUUGUGAGUGGAGAUGCUGUCACAGUGGAAGAAGGAGUGUUGUGUCGCGACAAAGAAAUGGUGCCAAACGGAGGCUGUGCUUCAGAGUUGAGCCACAACGCAAAGAGAUGCUUCUACCAGUUCUACUGUAGUGCAUGCUGGCAUCCAUGGAGCAGGAAGUAUGGUUAUUUAAAUUAAAUGAGGUAAAGUACAACAUUUAUGCGCCCAAAAGCGGUUGGUGGAAAUAGAUGAUCUUCAAGACUUACAUUCACAUCCAAAUUGGAAAAUGCAUUCUCUGUGUGGAUCAAACAUACAAGAACACUACUACAUCUGUGCAUCAUCGGAUUUCUUUAAAAAUAUUUGAAAUCACAGAUUCCAUCCAUCCGUUUUCCCAGAGAAAAGUCGCACGCACACGGGGGAGAACAUGCAAACGCCACACAGAGCUGUCCAAACGAGAUUUGAAGCAUCGAUCUCCUGACCGUGCAGCCAACAUGGUAAAUCCCAUAUUUUGGUAAGAAAAAAAGGGAUUUUUUGAUAUACAUUUCUUAUUUUUAUUAUUAGAAUUAUUACUACUACUACUUUUGUUUUCGUUAUUACUUUUUUUUUUUACACUGGACACACAAUUUGAAUGGUUUUAAUUGCUUCCCAAAAAUAGACACUACCCUUUUAACCCAUCAUUUACCACACAAUUUAUUGUGAGAAUGAAAUUGCUUUUUAAAAAUUAUUUAUAUUAUUAUUAUUAUUGCUAUUUUUUAUUAAUUCUGCAACUGUGUUUUGCAAGGUUUUUCCCUAAACAUCUAUGACAUUGUAAAUGAAAUAAUGCUACAUUACAUAGGCUGUAUAAAAUAUAUAAAAAUAAUUAUGAUUAAACAUGUCUAAUCCAAACCUAUUAUAAAAAAUUACAUUUAAAAAAAAAUCAUUCAAUGACCAGUGAUGAAUUUUAUUAUUGUUGCAUAUAUAACUAAAAUCCCCAAACUCUGAAGCACAGCCUGAGUGUUCUGAUCCAAACGGAAGCAUCAUUUUGAGACUCUUACCUUUCUGGAUGGGCAUUAAUGAUCAAUAAAUUGGUAGGCUUUUUUAAUGUUAUUGUUAAUGUGAUGGGAAAAUCUCUUUCUGUGAAUGUCCUGAACUCCUGUUUCCUAUUCAGAACGCCUGUUCACCAAACAGCGCCUGUGCUGGCUGAAGCCCAGUAGUGCACUCCUUUGUGCCUCAACCACCAAUCAAUUCCGCACAAUCUACAGAAUUGUUCCCAAUCAAUUCACUGAUUAUCAUGCCCAUCCCUUUCGCCGUCUCCCAGCAUGCACGUCAGCCCGUUCGUACGUGGAAAGAAGGAUGCUUGUUGGUUUCUACGUGUCAUCUAGAAGGCCUUACAGUUGACUUUUACGACUGCAGGACCCUUUUUUAUAAACACGUCAUUGUUUAGUUUCAACUUUCUACAAUGUUUGCCUCUUACGUCUGUACAGAACAAAGCUGCUAUUUUAUUCUCUCUUUUUUUCAGAUGUUAAAUAGAAAAGAAACCCUUCAGGUGUGGUAUUUUACGCUCUCCACUAAAGUCCCUUUCUUAUCUUUUUCAAUCUGUUUAACAUUUUUUUUAAAAGACAAAAAAAAAAGAUGAUUUCGUUAUCAAAUGUGUUUCUGUAACACUACACUUCAUUUAUUGUAUUUGUUUGUUGGAUGUCUAUUAUUAUUAUUAUUAUUGUUUUUAUUAUUAAUAUUAUUAUUUGGAAUGGACACCUUAGCUCCACGUGUGAGCGUGUACUUUCUGCACCCUUUUUUUGUACUUUGUCAUCUAGCACUGCGCCUCAGGGUGCGACUCGAUCUCAGGUCAACGUAAAGGCUUUUUCUUUUUCUCCACACAUUCUCAUCCUCCUCCUCCUCCUCCUCCUGCUUUCCCAUCACGCUUUGUUGAGUCCGACAGUGCCCUCUCCCUCUUCCUUUCCUUCUGUGACUCCACCUCUGUUUGUAGUUUUAGUUUUAGUUGUUAGUUUUUUUUAGGUGCUUGUUCGCCUUAAUCAUGCCAACCAUCUUUCAUUACGGUAGUGAGCACACGCCUCCUCCCCCUUCAAAGUGUUAUCGUCUUUCAAACGCUUCGGAAACCAAAUAAAGAAUGAAUGGCUCCAAGACCACAAAAAAAUGAGGUUGAAUUUUAAUGUAAUGAAUGAACACAAAAGGGUCUUAAAUUUAAUGGAGGCUGAGAAUGAUUUUGAUGGUUUUAUCCAGAUGUUAUUUUUGGGGAGAAAUGUUGCUUUUUUUAUGUUGUUUUUUUUUCUGUAGAAGUGUUAUUUAUUUAUUUUUAUUUUCCCUUCAAUGAUAUCAGUUAAAAUCACUGUAUAAAUUGCCCCAUGAUUCAAUAUAAAGAUGGAUUUUUUUUGUAUUUUCUUUGGUGACUUAGUUUUUUCCGUUAACUAUAAUUACAGCUACCUCAUUCUUUUUUAUUAUUGUUGCAUUCGUGUUUAAAAAAUAAGCUACAAUUGGCCCCAGUAAUAUAUAUAUAUAUAUAUUAAAAACAAUGUCUAUUUAAUUGGGUUAAAUACCAUUUCAUGUGAAAAAACUUGAUUGACAGAACAUUUUGUCUAGAAAAAUACAUUUUAUCGAGCACAAUUGUGCAAAGGCAUCAAUAAUGUGUAAGCAUAAAAAAAUAGAAAUGCACAUUAAUUUUUAACAUUUGUUGUUGAUUUUAAGGGAUUAAAAGGUACAAUCAAACAUGUAUUUAAUUUAUUUUAGUAAUGUAAACACUGCCGGUCUUAUGGCCACGCCUCCUCACUUGGACGCCAUCUGGUGGUGUCUCAGUGAAAGCGUUACUGUAUUGCCAAUGGGAAGGAUGGUAUUUAUAAUCAUUUAUAAUUGAAAUUAAUCAUUUAAUUAUAUAUAUUGCUAGAUUUUAACCACUCCAUUCGGGAAGCAUCAAUAAAAUGUUACUUCAAUAGCUCAGAAAUCAGCUAAAAUGUAUUUUUUAAUAGUUAGGAUGAAUGUAAUGCUAAAAGAGAUGAUGGAUAACUGAUGGUAAAUGAAUCUGAAGGCGCGUUUAAGGCGCCGUCGACACCUAGGUUAACACCUAGGUGCUUAAGAUUAAGCUUUAAAUGUGUUUUUUCAAGUUUCCUGCAUAAUGUAAAAUGUUAUGAGUUAUUAUUUGGAUUUCACUGAAUGUUUUCAUGCAGCUUUACAGAGGUCUAUGCAUCCAAACUGCAAUAAGAGGUCAGUUAUGUCGACUUUUCCAUUCCUGUACCUUAAAAGGAGGGCCUUCUAGUCUGCUAGUGCUUUAUCUGUAAAAAUACGUGCUUGUUUCCUGAUAAUGGAAAGAAAAUCCAAAACGUUUUGUAUUUGAAGCCUCAAAUUUUGUUCACACCUGCAGCAGAGAUGUCCUCGGUGGACAUCUUCUAAUGUGUACUUUUCCUUUUUUCUCAAUCCUUAAAUAAAUCAAUCAAUAAUAA